AUGCAAUUAGCUCCUUCUCCAGUACAAAUACAUACAUCCUUAGCACCUUCACCUAUUGUCAAUCCGAAACUCAAGUCAACAACAAAAGUUACGAAACAGUCCAACCUUCCACCAAAACGUCCUCGUACUCGAACGUCAUCCUCAACUCCUUUGCAAGUUCAACAGCAAAAAACUCAAUUGCAACAACCCCAAAAAAUUAAAAAAGUCUCCACAAAGGUUGCCAAUAAAGAGGUCUCCCCAAGAAAACCUUCCACGUCUUUGGUCGGCUCAAGUCACUUAUCUAAUUUGAAUUGUAUGUCUCCAAGUGAAGUAUCUGUGAACAUUUUGGAUUCUUCCCAAAAAUCUUCAACGUCGUCAAGACGAUUGUCUGUUGUUUCAACGUCCUCUUCUACUUCUAGUACUCUGUCAGGUCAAAUAACUCGGCAUCGUUCUCAGCAUGGUAAUACUGGCAAUUCUGCUAUAAAUAAUGUUCCAAGUGUUCCUGAUUUCCCAAAUUGGUUAUCACAACCACCUAAAUCUCUCGGUGUUACGAGAGCUUCUAAAGACGAAAAUUCCAUGACGUCGGUUUCUUCGGGUCAGCCUGUUCGAAGUAAAUCACGCCAUAAACAGCCUACAGAAGAUUCUAAAAAUGAGGCAACUACUAGCAAUGAGUCAAAACAAAUCAAAAAAGCUAAAUAUAAAGCUGCUACCGAGGAAGCCUUGAAACGAUUUAAUGAUUUGCAAAUGGUGGAGCAUAAAAUUGCUAGUCAAACUAACGAGGUUAUGGAGAGAAUGAAAAAUCUCUUUCAACCAAAGAGAGAUGAUGCUAGUGACGAAGAAUCUUUUAGUUCAAUUGCAGGCGAUGAUUUAUCAGGAAAACACGGAUAUGUUGGGGAUAUUUUAAUAUUAACAAAAUAUUCCUUACUUCAAAGAAAUGACAAAUCACGUCGCGCACCUUCUGCUUCAAAACGCACACCAUCGACACCGGCCACGCCGGUCAAGCCAUCAGUGACGAGACGUACGAGUCAAGAUUCAGAAAGGCCAACGAAAACCAGUACAUCUGCGUCUGGUAUUGAUCGUCAAAGAACAAGAACUAUAGAUUCAUCAAUGCUCAGCAGUCUCAGAUCAAGUCAUAACCGAUAUGCUAGUGAAAAUUCAAUUACAAUGUCAACUGAAAGAAAGUCAUUGAAAACAGCACGCUCCGAGGAGAAAAUAAGAUCUGCCGCAGAAAAACAAAAAAAGGUAGAGAAACGAAAGACGAUCGAUUCAUCGAUAAAGUCAACUGCUCUCGAACAAUUGGAUAGAUUUACAUCUUUUCAAGAUUUUAACUCAAAACGAAGAAGUAUAAUUGAUUCCUCAUCAACACCAUUGGAAUUUGAUAACGGCGAUUCUCAUCAAUAUGGCUUAUCGCCAUCACCUUUAUGGCCUAGUGUGAGCAAAUCAAAGACAAUGCCAAUAACACCACCGCCAUCAACACUUUCUUCAAAAUUGCCACCCCCUAUGCCAGCUCGUAGUUCAAGUUUUAGUAAUUCAGAACAAUGUCCUUCAUCAAAAAACAAUCAAGGCACGGACAAUAAUACUCCUGCUAGUUCAAUAGAGAAUACGUCUACUACAUCAUCGUCAUCUACGAAACGAAGGAAAUCUAAAAUAGAUCAUGCUAAAUCCGGUUCGCCGAAUUCAAGUGUUUCUUCCCCAAAAACAACUUCAAAUGCACAACCUCCGCCUCCUGUUCCAAAUAUGCCAAGCAUGUUACCGCAGCCCAAAUUAACUAGAGUUAACGAAGAAAUUCCUCCGGUACCAGCUAUACCUCAUUCAAUAAAUAGCGAAAAGAAAGUUUCGAUUUCUAUGUCAAGCACAAAAGGUUGUGAAGAAGUUUUACCACGCGGAAGAAGGGAUAAUAGGAGUACGGAUGGGCAUCGUCCACCGUCGUCUUCUACAAAGAAAAAGAGUCAAAAUCGACCCAGAGGAACGAUGAGCGGUCAACAGCAAAGUGAUAAGAUUAUCAGAAGACAGACCCUUCCAGCAAAUAUUGCGGCUCCUCAACAAUUAGCUGCACUGACACUUCCUCCCAUGAAUGUACAACCAUUAUCAACCGUGAGAAUACCCACAAUCGUAAAUCCGAACCUUAAGGCAAAAACUCCAACUUCUGAGCACCCUCGAUCUGGAUUGAGAAUACCGACUACGCCAACAACUUCCACAAAUCCAUUUACAAAAAUUCCUACACCUACAGGAAUACAAUCCAGAAUAAUAAAGAGUGGGAGUGGAAUUGCGUCACCUAGCAAAGUAAAUUCUCGAGCUGCACCGGUUUCACCGAAUAGAUCAUACGGCUAUGCUAAUCAAAAAUCGAUGAGUUCUAGUGCGACAUUUAAUCCAUAUGGCUCAUCAACAACGACGAUGGUAAUAACGGGUAGAAAAAGUGCUACCACCCCCUGCAAAACAACGUCUUCCGUUGACAAAGCACAUACUAGUAAUGAAAAAGUUUCACCAAAAAGCAAACCAAGGAGGCUAUCAAACUCUUUUAUAAAUCUUUUCUCGAACAAAAAUUCGCACUCGUCCGCUUCAUCUCAUGCAAAAACAAUUCCGAUAACAUCAAGUGCGGCUUCUACCUCAAUUACAACUCAUUCAAAUCUUCAACCAAAGAAGCUGAAGGUUAGAACGACUUCUCAACCUGCGCACCCUGUUAUUUCAAACUCGAACUUUUUAAGCUCUUAUGUUUCGAAGAACCCAACCGGUUCUACUUACCAUAUUGAUUUGGACUCCUCAUCAUCUGCUGCCAGUACUCCAAGCAACUUUGCUCAUGCGAGUCAGGACGACGAAUUCACUGUAACAAGUGGGGAAGAAGAGACUGCCAGUUUCUUACAUGAAACCGAAAAGAGAGAGAGAGAUCGCAAAGAACAUGAGAGGGAUCGUAAAGAACAUGAGGCACAAAUGAAGGGAACCCUUCCUAUGAGUCCCCAAUCCGCUUUGAAAGCAUACGCACCUUAUUUGUCAUUGUAUGAACGUUCUGAAAUUUUGGAGUAUCCGAACGUCUAUUUUGUUGGUCCUGAAGCUGCGAAACCACCUGCAAGCCCAGAGUUAACCGGAUGUAAUUACGGAUUUGAUGAUGAAAGAGGAGACUACAAAAUUAUUCCCAAAGAUCAUUUGUGUUAUCGAUAUGAAGUUAUUGACAUCCUUGGAAAAGGUUCCUUCGGCCAGGUGCUGAAGUGUUUAGAUCACAAGACGGGAGAAUACGUAGCUGUGAAGAUUAUCAGAAAUAAGAAGCGAUUUCAUUGUCAAGCCUUGGUGGAAGUUAAGAUUUUGGAAUGCUUGAACAAAUGGGAUCCCGAUGACACUCAUAAUAUCAUUCAUAUGAAUGAUCAUUUUUACUUCCGAAACCAUCUAUGUAUUGCAUUUGAGCUCUUAAGUAUUAAUUUGUAUGAAUUUAUCAAGAGCAGUAAUUUCCAAGGAUUCAGCCUUGGCUUAAUCAAAAGAUUUUGCGUCCAGCUUCUUAACUCUUUGUCGUUAUUACAAAGACAUAACAUUGUACACUGUGACUUGAAACCAGAGAAUGUAUUGCUCAAACAUCCUACAAAGAGCAGCAUUAAAGUUAUUGAUUUUGGUAGCAGUUGUUUCGAAAACGAGAAAGUCUACACUUACAUUCAAAGUAGGUUUUACCGAUCUCCUGAAGUCAUAUUAGGUAUGACAUAUAACAUGGCGAUUGAUAUGUGGAGCUUAGGUUGUAUUCUAGCUGAAUUGUAUACUGGAUAUCCUUUGUUCCCCGGUGAAAAUGAGCAAGAGCAACUGGCAUGCAUUAUGGAAGUUUUGGGUGUCCCAGAGAAGUAUUUGAUAGAAAAAAGUACUCGCAAAAAACUUUUUUUCGAUUCCAAUGGCAAUCCUCGUCCUGUUGUGAGUUCUAAAGGAAAGCGCCGUCGUCCAAACACAAAAUCAUUGGCGAACGUAUUGAAAUGCCAAGAUCAAGUCUUUUUAGACUUUAUCGCUCGGUGUUUAGACUGGGAUCCCGAGAAGCGAAUGAAACCUGAUGAAGGUUUGAUGCAUGAGUGGAUCACGGAGGUGAAACUUGGCACUAGGAGUUACUUCACAAAUUAUGAUAAUAUGCAUCGUCAAGCAUCUCCCUCCUCGGCUCCCGCAUCCAAUAGCGCCGCUUCUGGACGAUAUACAUACGCGCCCAUAAGUGGGACGAAUGUGGUAGGUUUUUGUGGUGGAGAUAAAUAUGAUAUAUCAAGCAGUGAAGCAGCAGGAUUUCCCGAGAAAAUGGAAAGUGAUGGUGCCUCUCAUGGAUUAUCCCCUUCGGAUAAUCAUCAUCAUCAUCUUUGGAAUGUGACGUCAUAA